UCUUCGACGCGUUUUGUUUGCCUCCUGGUCUUGGACAGGAUCUGACAGGAUCAACAACGAGCUAUGAAGGUAUCCUGAAAAUCAACGCCUUUCUGAGAUGAGUUUCUCACCUUUCAAGCUAAUCUGAUGUACGUUAAUUUCUGGGAGAGAAACUCCAUGAAGUAACGUGGACUCAGUCUUGAACAAGAUGACGCUCGCGAUUCGACUUAGCGAUAUAUUACUCUGUCUCUUUUUAAUUCCCGGUGUAAUAAAAUGUUACAACGUUCCUUGCACAUUCAACACUAUGUGCAUGUGUUGGGUCCAAGAUGACGAUGACGAUUUUACAAAAAUGGAUAUCAGCUGCAUGGGAGUUCCAUUCGCACGAUUUCCAGAUGUAUCGGUGAGUUAUGUGGCUCAAUUGGAUAUCGCUGGCUCCGGAAUGCAAGUGUUGGACAACGACGCGCUUGCAAGUUCCGCAGGAGUCGAAGCUUUGGGACUGAUGAGUAAUCGAUUAUCCAGUAUAGGUGACAAGUCACUGUUAAUUAUUGCGGACAGUCUACGUUCACUGGAUUUAAGCUACAACUCCCUCGAGGACGUGCCUUUCAAGGUUUUCCGCGAUCUAAAAAAAUUAAAUUGGCUGAACAUGCAUAGUAAUCAUAUAACAUCAUUGGACGGCGAUUGGGGUCGCAGCAGAGAAACCUUGACGAAUGCAUUCUUUGGUGACAACUCGAUCACUGAAGUACCCAGAAUCUUUUCGAGUUUUGCUGCACUAGUAUGGUUGAAUCUAGACAGCAACAAUAUUGAGGAACUUCCCAAAGAUUGUUUGCCACCGAAUAUGCACACCUUAAGUAUUAACAAUAAUCUCUUGAAAGAAUUCCCGCAAUCUUUGGGAGGCCUGAAGGAGCUUACUUGGCUUUACAUGCGAGGAAAUGAUCUCAAGUAUUUGGAACUGCCAGAUUUCCGCAGCUUCAGUUUGGAGCUGAUCGACAUUAGCGAGAAUUCCAUCGAGCGGAUAAAAACACCCACCUUGAGCAAUCGCACUUUGAAGGUGCGAGACUUUAAUCUCGCCGGGAACAAGCUGACUUCUUUGCCGAGCAAAAUGUUUGAUCGUCUUGAAAUCAGAAGAAUCCACUUGUCAUCGAACAAUAUCAGAUAUGUUGACAACAAAGCCUUCUUCGGUCUGGAAGACAGUCUCGAAUAUUUAAAUCUAGAGAACAACGAUUUAUCGGCGGUACCAAAGGCUGUCAGUCAGUUGAGGACAUUGUCGUACCUUUAUUUGGCUAAUAAUGAGAUCAGAAAUAUCUCCGGUGAGGCUUUUCAAGAAUUUGCGGAGUAUCUGAAAGCUGUCUCUCUUGCGACUAACAAUUUAGAUGCAGUACCUGUGGCUGCUUUGUCCAGAUGCCAGAGGCUACUGCAUCUGAAUCUCGGCUACAAUAAGAUCUCUCACGUUGAGCCAGGUGAUUUCGAGUGGGCCGAGGACCUUGAGAUCCUAUUGCUCAGAAACAACAUCCUGACGAAACUGAAAGCUGAGACCUUCAAGGGAGCCGGCAAAUUAAAGGAACUCAGCUUGUCCUUUAAUCACUUAAUGGAACUCGAUGAUGACUGCUUCGUUGGUAUCGAAGAAAGUCUGGAUAUUCUUGAACUAAGCUUCGCCUUCGCUACAGACAUUUUUCCUCAGCGUGCGCUCAGACCGCUCUUAAAUCUUCGAUGGCUGGUUUUGGACAACAAUAAUUUCCAGACAAUCGAGGCGACAGCUUUUUAUUCUUUUCAACAACUGCGUUAUAUUAACAUGGAAUCAAACCGGUUACAUUAUUUGCCCGAACGAAUAUUUCUCUCAAGCGUACAUCCGGAGUUGAGGGAUGUCAAAUUGGGAUACAACUUCUUGGAAACGAUUCCGGAAUCGAGUUUUCAUAAUCUAACCGAGCUGUUGUCUCUCGAUCUAACCGGCAAUCGAAUAAAAAUCUUGGCAUCUGGUUCCAUCAUGGACUGCCCAAAACUUGUCACCAUAUCAUUAGCCUACAAUAGAAUACAAAAAAUGGAGAGAAACGCUUUGUACGGCUUGUCUAGCUUGCGUUUCCUUCAUUUGGAGUUCAACAAGCUGACUGCGCUGGAUUUGGGCGCUAUAGCAGAAAUCGGCGGCCCCGAUUUUGCUCUGAACGUCUCUUAUAACGCGAUAGCGUUCGUUGACUCGGGAUCCACGAUGAACAAUCUCACUAGGCUGGAUCUUGCAUUUAAUAACAUAAGUCAUUUAUCCGCGGACACAUUCUACGGCACGCCUGAUUUGAAAAGCUUAAAUCUGCAAAACAAUUUUCUUGCAACGAUCGAUCCAGGAACAUUUGCACUUCCUCAUUUGGAAAUUCUAGAUCUAAGUGAGAACAAGAUAGACACAUUGCGCAAGCAAUCUUUUCAUGGUUUAGAGUCUCUCCAGCGGUUGGAUCUUGGCGGAAACGAAAUCAUUCAGCUGUCGACUGAACAGUUUAGAAACUUAAAAUGUCUGAGAAUCCUGAAUCUUUCGCGUAACAAAAUUCGAUCGUUACUAAGGGACGUUUUCGAGGGUACCAGAUUGGAGAUCCUUAAUCUCAGUCAUAAUAAAUUCACCGUUGUACCCUCGUUGUCAUUCUUAGAAGUCGGGUAUACCUUGAGGGAUCUUAAUAUGGCGGAGAACUUCCUGGAUCAUCUCGACUCGACCGCUUUUCCGACUUCUCAACUGGUGUCUCUAAAUCUUGCGCAAAAUCGUCUGACCAUCCUGCCGGAUAAUUCAUUCGUCUCCCUGGGAAAGUUGCUGAGCCUGAACGUGUCGCAGAAUAUUCUUCAGGCGAAUUUUAAGGAGCUGUUUCAUUACUUGCCGGAUCUUAGACAACUUUAUCUGGCUAAUUGCGGUCUAAGAAGCGUACCGUUACUACCAUUGACGAAUUUAAAUAUCUUAGAUUUAUCUUUCAACAAUAUCGACGAGACUACCGACAAGCAGUUUCAGUAUUUAGAAGCGUUGAAAAUCCUUUUACUGAUAAACAACUCAUUGACAUCGAUGCCCAGUGUCAGAUUGAGCAUCUUGAGGGAACUCGACGUUUCCGGCAAUCCUAUCGAGGAGCUGACAAAGGAGAGCUUUCUGGGUUAUCCGAGAUUAGAAAAAUUGAACGUGAGAAAUUUAAAUCGAACCAGAUCAGUGGAUAAGGAUUGUCUUCGGCCCUUGAGAUACUUAAAGUAUCUGCGAAUACAAACGUGGCCGCAGGCCGACGGAUUUCAUCUACGCCAUUUGCUGUCCGGCUUGCCGCUUCGAACGGUCGAAAUACAAGUGACGGAGCAUUUGCUGAAGCAUCAGAUACAAAACGCCUUUACGAAACAACUGAGAGAGCUGACGAUCACCGGAAGCGAUCUUGAGUUAAUUUCCUCCGAGGCAUUCUCCACUAUCGAAGGCGGAGAAUUGAUUCUGAGAAUCAAGGACACACACGUCCAAAGGCUACAGUCGGAUAUUUUUCUGUCGCUGACGAAGAGAUUGUCGCAGCUUACUCUGGACCUAAGGAACAAUCAUAUCAAUGAAUUGAGCCCGUCAAUAAUUUACGGAAAUCUUUCGUGGGAGACAGUGGGGACCAACAUGGUGGCUGGUGGACUACAGGUAUCCGGAAACCCACUCGAAUGCGACUGCGAGAUCGCAUGGCUGAGUCUGUGGCUGCGCAGGUGGCUCAGAGAGUCCCGGCAGAUUCACACAGCGUCACAAUCCGAUGCUAGACAGCUGAGAACCAUUGCUGGCCGAGCAGUGUGCACGGAGACGACUCCGUCUUACUCCUCCGACAAGGUCCUGUUGACACUCGGCACUCCGCAUACUGCCUGCCAGGCAUCCGCUCUUAGUUCGGGAAAUUACGAACGACUGGCAACAGCCUGGCUGGCUCUCGUCAAAUUCUUCAUCCUCGUUUUUAUUGUUAAUUAACUGCGAGUUUGUAUUACUGACGAAUUUUCAUGAGCCUAGUCUUCAAAGUUUAAUGUGAUUUUUUAUGUAAGAUUAUUA